AUGGAGAAAAGAAAUCAUACCACUGUGACAGAAUUCAUUUUGGUGGGAUUCAUGGAUUAUCCACAGCUGCAGAUUCCCCUCUUUGUGCUGUUCCUUGGCAUCUACAUGGUCACCCUGGUGGGGAAUUUUGGAAUGAUUAUUUUAAUCCAUGUUGAUGCCCGACUUCAUACUCCAAUGUACUUCUUCCUCUGUAACCUAUCAAUUGUAGAUGUUGGUUACUCAUCUGUCAUUGCCCCUAAGUUGCUUAUGACUUUUACAUCUGACAACAGGACUAUAUCCUUUAUUGAGUGUGCUGUGCAGUUUUAUUUCAUCUGUAUCUUUGUGACUAAUGAAUGCUGCCUCUUGGGUGUAAUGGCCUAUGACCGCUUUGUAGCCAUUUGUAAUCCACUACUUUAUAGCACGGCAAUGUCCAAGAGACUUUGUGUCGUGCUUGUUAUUGUAUCAUACAUAACUGGCUUUGUUAAUUCUACUACACAAGCCAGUUUUAUAUUUUCUUUGUCAUUCUGUGGUUCCAAUGUAAUCAAUCACUUCUUCUGUGAUAUCCCUCCCAUCCUGAAGCUGUCCUGUUCUGACAUCCACAACACAGACAUCGUUCACUUUACCUUGUCUUCUAUAGUUGUCAUGAGUACUAUUUUGAUUGUUGUAGUCUCCUACAUUUACAUUGUCACUACCAUCUUGAAAAUCCGAUCUUCUGAGGGUAGGCACAAAGCAUUCUCUACCUGUGCUUCUCACCUCACAGCAGUCACUAUAUUCUAUGGGACUCUGAUCUUUAUGUAUUUGCGACCCACCUCAGGUUACACAAUGGACCAGGACAAAUUCGUCUCUGUGUUUUAUACUCUGCUGAUCCCUAUGCUAAAUCCCUUGAUUUAUAGUUUAAGAAACAAGGAAGUGAAGGAAGCUGUGAAAAGGAUGAUAGGCAUAACGAGUUUUCAGUAA